ACCGUUUUUCUCUCCUCCGUGUAGAGCCGAAAAAACAAGGGCAUCCAUCGCGCUCCUCAUCUUCCUCGCCACCAAAUCUUGGCUGAAAACAUAUCUCAUUUUGUCAUUUCUCCAGCUGUAAACACCCCUAUCUGUCUCCUCUUCCUCUCCACCUGGGAGGUUUUGGUUUCCAGCCCUGAAGGAGGGGAUUGCCGAGCCGAGCGGCAGGGCGUGAGAGGCGGAUGCUGCGAGCGUAGAGUCUGGGUACGAACCGGGAGCAUCACCGUCACGCACUCAGCACCACGAUGGACAGAAUGAAUUUUCUCUCCUUCUUCCUCCUUUGCUUGACUUCAGUUGCCAGUAGCAACAAAGCCAAUAAGCACAAGCCAUGGAUCGAGACAGAGUACCAGGGAAUUGUCAUGGAGAACGACAACACCGUGCUGCUCAACCCCCCCCUCUUCGCCCUGGACAAAGAUGCUCCUCUGCACUACGCUGGUGAAAUCUGUGGUUUCCGGGUCCACAAUGGCCCCUCGGGUUCGGGCUCGGUCCAGUUCGAGGCGGUUGUUCUGGACCGAUCCACCGGAGAGGGUCUGGUCCGGUCCAAAGAGCCGCUGGACUGCGAGAGCCAGCGCGAGCACAGCUUCACCAUCCAGGCCUACGACUGCGGGGAGGGACCCGACGGAGUCAACAGCAAGAAAUCACACAAGGCCACGGUUCAUGUUCGUGUAAACGACGUCAAUGAGUUUUCCCCGGUGUUUGUCGAGCGUCGCUACGAGGCGUCGGUCCCAGAAGGACGUCUGUUUGACCGGAUCGUGCGCGUGGAGGCCCUGGAUGCCGACUGCUCCCCGCAGUACAGCCAGAUCUGCUUCUACGACAUCAUCACUCCUAAUGUGCCCUUCGCUAUUGACAACGAUGGUAACAUUAAGAACACUGAGCCGUUGGACUCCAAGCGGCAGCGCGUUCACACCUUCUGGGUGACCGCCUUCGACUGCGGGAAGAACCGCGCGCAGGCCGACGCUCAGGUCGUCGUCACGGUCAAGCCGUCUUGCAAACCGGGCUGGAUCGGAUGGGCUAAGCGUGUGGAGUACACCCCCGGAUCCGGAAGCAUCCCCCUGUUUCCCAGCCUGCACCUGGAGACCUGCGAGGAGACGGUGUGGAACAUCCAGGCCACCGUAGAGCUGCAGACCGGACACAUCGGGAAGGGCUGCGACCGAGACAGCUACUCGGACAGAUCAGUGCGACGCCUGUGUGGUGCUGUGAGGGGUGAGGUAGACCUCCUCCCACCUCCUUCUCCUGCUGCCAACUGGACCUCCGCUCUGCCCACGCUGCCCUCCUCCGAUUCUUCUCUCGUCUUCUCCUUCAACGGAUCCAACCACGUCGCUGUGGUGCCGGACGCGGUGGUCUCUGCGCUGUCCGGAGACCACUUCACCCUGCAGCUGUGGAUGAGGAGGGGCGGGGCCAACAUCCAGCCCGCGACCCCCCAGACCAGAGGCAGCCGCAAGGAGGAGGAGACCAUCGUGUGCAGCACUGUCAAGAACGACGAUUCCAUCUCCCAUUAUUCCCUCUCCGUGCACGGCUGCCGCCUCUCGCUCUUCUACUGGCCCGACGUCUCCGCUGCACGGCCCGUCAAGUUCCUGUGGAAACUGGAGCAGGUGUGUGACAGUGAGUGGCAUCAUCUUUCACUCAGCGUCCAGUUCCCCUCGGUGACCCUGUAUGUCGAUGGCGUGACCUUCGACCCCGCCCUCAUCCACGACAACGGAGCCAUCCCCAACCCUGCCCCCCGCCAGAGGAUGCUCAUCGGCGCCUGCUGGGAGCCCGAGGAGAAGCAGAAGGAGAUUCUGAACAACACCAUCCCCGAGGGGAAAGACUCCGUGAAGUAUGUGGGUGGAUACCACGGCCUCCUUUCGGGGGUGACGGUGCGCCCCGGCAGCGUGGAGCCUCACAGUGUGGUGGAGUGUCUCUACGCUUGCAGGGAGGGCCUCGACUUCGGGGACCUGGAGACUCUGGGCUCCGGCAUGAAGGUCCAUGUGAACCCCAGCCAGUCGGUGCUGGUUCUGGAGGGAGACGACAUCGAGAGCUUUAACCGCGCCGUGCAGCAGGUCACCUACAGGAACUCUCUGCGCUUCGCCACGCCCGGAGUCCGACCCCUGAAACUGACCACCUCCCUCAGAUGUUUCAAUGAGGAGAGCUGCCUGUCCCUGAAGCAGCUGGAGGGAUACCUGGUGGUCCUGCAGCCCGACGCCCCUCAGAUCUCUCUGUCCGGGGUCGGCCCUCACCUGGCCCGCCCUGCCCCUGAGUUUGAGGGGCCCCGCGGGGUCCCUCUGUUCCCCGAGCUGAGGAUCGUCUGCUCCCUGUCUCACGCCGUCAACACGGCUGCACAGGGGAUGGAGGGUGGAGCGCUGAUGUCCGACGCCGUGGCUCACACUCUGGACGGCUGUGAGGUGCAGCCUCUGGGGGAGGAGCUGAACCCAGAGAGGGAGGAGCUGCUGGUGGACAUGGACGUGGUGCGAGAGAGAGGGCUGGAAAUCAUCAACACUACGGCUUAUAUUGCCAUCACAGGUGCUGAAUCCAUCUCCGUGUACGAAGACGUCCUCCGUUCGGUCCACUACCGCCUGGCUAAAGGCUCGGCCCGCUUCGAGAGGCGGUUCCGCCUGUCCUGCUCCGAGAUGAAUGGCAGAUACACCAGUAAUGAGUUGACUCUGGAGGUGAACUUCCUCCACUCUCUGGACAGUCUGUACCACCCGUCCCACCUGCUGGCCUCCCAGCAGCAGUUCCACCCGUUGCACCACGCCGGAGAGUUGAGCGGACACACCCUGCCCAACCCUCACCGCAACUCAGUGGUGCCGGGAGCAGCCACCGUCAUCAUCAUGGUGUGUGUGGGUUUCCUGGUUGUCAUGGUGAUCCUGGGAGUGUUUCGGAUUCGUUCCAUCCAUCGCCGUGAUGAGGGAGCCAGGGACGGGGCUAAGGAGGGCGGCAACCAAUGGGACGACUCCGCCCUCACCAUCAUCGUCAACCCAAUGGAGUCCUACGACUCUCGUAUGGGCAUCUCUGCCGACACGGAAGGGGAGGGGGAGGAGGAAGAGGAGGCAGCGGAGUCACCUGAAGACGGCAGCGACGACCAGCGAAUCAUCAAGAAGGAAGGGAGGGACGCCCGCCGCUACUGAGCCACACUGGGCUCUGCACCAGUUCUCAUGGAAACCACAAACCGGCUCACACACUUCAACACUUUUAAAAAUCAACGACUGCUGACACUAGUAUAAGGAAUGUAUGCUUACAAACACGACGCACAACACAGUCACUGUAAUGCUCUUGACGCUCAACGCCAUACGUGACCUAUAGCCAACAACGGGCAGUUGUUCUCCACCUAAAUGUUCAAUGGCACAAUGUAUACAUUUAAUGUAAAUUAUCCGCCUGAGCAAAACCCCACCAAACUCGUCUGUGGUGCACCAGUUCUAAAUCACACGGUGGUAAUGUGUCUGUAAAGUGUAAUACUGGUUGAAUGAGACUACUUUUGUUUUAAAAAAAGAGAGAUUGUAUUUUAUCUUUUGUUAUUGAACACAGAGUGAAAUCUUUACAAAGUGGAACAGGCCUUGAAUAGAUCCCGACAUGUCUCUGACUCCCUUAUUAGACUCGACUCGAGAAGUCUGUGCACAAGCUCUUUCCUCCCUCUUUGCAUCCUCUCUCGACACAUUCCUCGAGUGGAGACAGUGAGGUCAGACAUCACAGUCACUCCAACUGACCCAUAAAAACUUCAACGAAGCUUGCAGGUAUUUUUCUUUUGGUGUUGUGACUACUUAGGCUCCUGACUACAUUUUACGUUGGGCUGAUGAUAAGACGAGAGGAUCUAUCAACCACACACCCCACCCAAGUUAUGCAAUACCCAGAUGCAUUAAAGCCUCUCGGUGUUGAGUCAGGAGGAGCAGAGUUUUAGCUUGUGAAGACAGAACAUCGUCAUAUACAGUAAACCCGUGACCUCUGACCCCUCUCACAGUGACCACUGGAAUGUCUCUUAAAUGACUCUCACUGCACUGUUUCACUCACUGCACACUGCUUCUACAAUAAGACGUCACAUGCAACAACACACACACACACCUACGUACACACACCUCAUAAUGCUACCCCUGCUGUUUCCAGAAUGUCCGCUCAGCUUGGGCAGUUUUGAUUGUAUUGAUUGUAAUGAAUUUUCUGUACAUACGAGGAUGAAUAUUGUGAUAUUAUUGUUAUUACUAUUAUUAUUGCAGCCACUCUCUUUUUUUUUUGCACACUUUGAGAGGGAGCAGGUUUACUUUUUUCCAUUCGAGUGAUCACCUUUACAGCAUCAGAAAACAGUGUGAUAAUAAUACUAAUAAUAAUAGUAGUAGUAGUGAUAAGGAUGAGAAUCCCUGGCUUGAUGAGUGUCUCUUAAUUUGUGUGUAAUAUUGUUGUAAUUUAAGAACUUGUCAAUAUCUGAAUCACAGAAAAAGGAGGGCACAUUGUUGUGAUACUUAGAUACGUCUCACUCAUUUCACACUUUUUUCACAUUUCAAAACUGAACCUUUAAUUUAUUUUCUAUCUCACUCCAUGAAAUAUAUUUGGGUCAAUGAAUGUACAACUGUGUGCUUCUCCUCACCUAUCCCCCCCCUCGGCCUCCCUGUCUCUCCCCCUCACCUUCCCGUCACUCUCCCUCUGUGUCUCUUGCUGUCUGUGUAACCUAUCAAUGUGCAGUGCUAAACCUGUCAGUAAAUAAAGCCUGUCGUUUUUGAGUGUGAUGUUAAGAAAGGAAUAAACAUUGCAUUGAUUAAUAACUUAUAUUAUUACUAUGUUACUAUUGGAACAUGACCUGUAAUUAUUGAUACAAUGAUGACAUGGAUUAUGCUGACUAAUUGUUAUUGAGAACUGUCAGAAAACAUUACGAAAUUCAUAAUAAAAACACUAUAUGACGUC